CCACAAGCAGUCGUACUUCAACGCUGUCGACCAUAUCUCAUUGCCGACUGCCCGGGACUGUCUCCCCACACAGGUGCUAUCAGUUUCGGUUGAUCGGAAUCGGUGUGGAGGGCUCAAACGCCCCGGCACAAGAUGUACUAUACCAACACAUAUCAUGACAACAGCCGUCGAUCAUGUCCCACAGAGCUCGUACCGCAGGGCUUCACCUUUCAACUCGAGAGGCAGAUACUUUUCCGACGAACCAGCAGCUGCUCCCACGCCCAAACCCGACUCUCCUGCCGUGCAGCCUCGAGUUCCUGCGCGGCUCCCUCCCGUGGCUGGUCCUGAUUGCGACCCAAAGCCACUCCUCUUCGGCCCAGGCAGUAACCAGCCUACAAUGACACCCAGGCCCAAAGCUGCUACGAUUCUGACAGCAAGCCCAGCUUUGGCUGCUGUGCCGAAGCCGUCGUCAUUGGCAAGUGAUGUCGAUCCAGCAGUUCUAGCUGUAUUGGACAGUGUAGUGGUAGUCGUGACAGUCACAGUGACCGUUUGUGUCAAUUGUUACGCCGGCGCGUCGGUGGACUUGGAGGAUAUGUUGAAGAAAUGCGAAAGCGCCCUCCCCGCCGUGUCUCCUUGGAAGAAGAUGCUGAGCACAGUUAGGUUUGAAAAGGUGAGGGUUUUCGCCGUCGCAACAACCCAGUGGCUUCUUGUAAGGUUCACGGCGUUAUCUAAAUGAAUCCAGAGUUCAGCUUGGUCAGUCCUUGGACGGGUAAAUAGACUUCGAAUAAAGGAAACCGGCGGACUUAAGGACAACAUAUUCGAA